GAAGCAGUUGGUGUGAGUUGGGGGUGCGAAGAUGAGAUGAGCAAAGAAUCAAGGUUGCUUCUUUAUCCUCAGCAAACUACAAGAAAACUGGGCUUACUUCCUCCACACCCCUUCCUUCCACCAGCUCCAAUCAAGACUACGCUUUCCCUUUCGCAUUUCACACUUGCAAAUAACGCUCACAAUACAUUCUUUGCUGCCUCACUCACACUUCAUUCCCACUUUCUCUACAAUCACAAGAGGAAGAAGCAACCUUUCAUAAUGGGAAUGAACGGUGCUUCACACCACGACAACGUCGUUCUCAAGUCCCCAAAUGACCGUCGUUUGUACCGCCUCCUCCAUCUCCCCAACGGCCUCCGCGCUCUGCUCGUUCAUGAUCCCGAGAUUUACCCAGAGGGGCCUCCCAAGCAUGCUCCAGAGGAGGAUGAGGUUGAGGAAGGAGAGGAAGAUGAGGAUGAUGAAGAAGAGGAGGAGGAGGAAGAUGAUGAUGAUGAUGAGGAGGAGGAGGAGGAAGAUGAUGAUGAGGGUGAUGGGGAAAAGGAUGGGGUCAAGGGUGGUUGUGGGGCGGCUGCCCAGAGCAAAAAGGCUGCAGCAGCUAUGUGUGUAGGAAUGGGCAGCUUCUCCGACCCGAAUGAAGCUCAGGGACUAGCACACUUUUUAGAACACAUGCUCUUCAUGGGGAGUGAAGAAUUUCCAGAUGAAAAUGAGUAUGAUAGCUAUUUGUCCAAGCAUGGUGGCUCAUCAAAUGCAUACACAGAAACGGAAUACACCUGCUACCAUUUUGAAGUGAAACGAGAAUUUCUGAAGGGUGCCUUGAAAAGAUUUUCUCAGUUCUUUAUUUCACCUCUUGUAAAGAUGGAGGCAAUGGAGCGAGAAGUACUUGCAGUAGAUUCAGAAUUCAACCAGGUUUUACAAAGUGAUGCAUGCCGUCUUCAACAACUUCAGUGCCACACUUCUACUCAUAAUCAUCCUUUAAAUAGAUUCUUUUGGGGGAAUAAAAAGAGCUUGGUUGAUGCAAUGGAGAAGGGUAUUAAUUUGCGGGAGCAAAUAUUGAAAUUAUAUGGGGAUUAUUACCAUGGUGGAUUGAUGAAGCUUGUAGUUAUUGGUGGAGAGUCUCUCGAUGUGCUUGAGAGUUGGGUUGUGGAACUGUUUGGGGCUGUCAAAAAAGGUCAAGCAAACCCCGUGUUCUCAGUGGAAGGUCCCAUCUGGAAAUCUGGUAAAGUUUACCGCCUAGAAGCUGUCAAAGAUGUCCAUAUCCUUGACUUAUCAUGGACGCUGCCCUGUCUACAUCAAGAGUAUUUAAAGAAGCCAGAGGAUUAUUUAGCUCAUCUCCUCGGGCAUGAAGGCAGAGGAAGUUUGCUCUCCUUUCUCAAGAGCAGAGGGUGGGCUACUUCUCUAUCUGCAGGUGUUGGGGAUGAUGGCAUUUAUCGGUCAUCUAUAGCUUAUGUCUUUGUCAUGUCCAUACACCUCACUGACUCUGGUAUAGAAAAGAUCUUUGACAUCAUUGGCUUUGUCUAUCAAUACCUUAAGUUAUUGCGUCAAGAUUCACCCCAAGAAUGGAUAUUUAAGGAACUUCAAAGUAUUGGCAACAUGGAUUUCAGAUUUGUUGAAGAGCAACCUCAGGAUGAUUAUGCUGCUGAGCUUGCAGAAAAUAUGCAUUUUUAUCCACCUGAGCAUGUCAUUUAUGGUGAAUAUGUGUACAAGACUUGGGAUGAACAAUUGUUAAAACAAGUUCUUGGUUUCUUCAUUCCUGAAAACAUGAGGGUGGAUGUUGUUUCAAAGUCUUUCCUCAAGUCAGAAGAUUUCCAAAAUGAACCUUGGUUUGGUUCACGUUACGUGGAAGAAGAUAUUUCUCAAAAGAUGAUGGAGUUGUGGAGAAAUCCUCCAGAAAUUGAUGCCUCGCUUCAUCUUCCUUCCAAGAACGAGUUUAUUCCAAGUGACUUUUCUAUUCGUGCUAGUGACACAUGUGCUGACGAUUUUUCAAAUUCAACUUCUCCUAGAUGUAUAGUUGAUGAAGCAUUGAUAAAAUUCUGGUACAAGCCUGAUUGCACUUUCAAAGUUCCUCGUGCCAAUACGUAUUUUCGAAUCAGCAUGAAGGGUGGAUAUGCCGGCGUGAAGAGUUGUGUAUUAUCUGAAUUGUUCAUUCACCUUCUGAAAGAUGAGUUGAAUGAAAUCACAUACCAGGCUAGUGUUGCCAAGCUAGAAACUUAUGUCAAUUAUGUUGGCGACAUGCUUGAGCUGAAGGUCUAUGGUUUCAACGAGAAGCUUCCUGUUCUGUUAUCUAAAUUCUUUUCAGUAGCUAAAUCUUUCGUGCCAACUGAUGAUCGGUUUAAGGUCAUAAAAGAAGAUAUGAAGAGAACUUUAAAGAACUCCAACAUGAAGCCACUAAGCCAUUCAACAUAUUUGAGAUUGCAAGUUUUGUGUGAGAGCUUCUAUGACGUUGAUGAGAAGCUGCAUUAUCUAAAUGAUUUGUGUCUUGAUGAUCUGAAGGCAUUUGUCCCUGGACUUCUCUCCCAGUUAUAUGUGGAGGGCCUAUGUCAUGGAAAUCUUUCGAAAGAAGAAGCAAUUGGCAUAUCAAAUAUACUUAAGACGAAUUUUCCUGUAAAUCCACUCCCGACUGAGUUGAGGCAUGCUGAGCGGGUUAUUUGCCUGCCAUCUGGUGCCAAUUUAGUUAGAGAUGUCAGUGUGAAGAAUAAGUCAGAAAGGAACUCUGUGGCUGAGCUUUAUUUUCAAUUUGAGCAAGAUUUUGGUUUGGGGUCAAUCAAAUUGAAAGCUUUGAUUGAUCUUUUUGAGGAAAUCGUGGAGGAGCCAUUUUUUAAUCAGCUGAGGACAAAAGAGCAGCUUGGUUAUAAUGUUGAGUGCAGCCCUAGAGUAACAUACCGUGUCUUUGGGUUUUGUUUCUGCAUUCAGUCAUCUGAGUACAACCCAGUUUACUUGCAAGGUAGAAUUGACAACUUCUUAAAUGGCCUGGAAGAAUUGUUGGAUGGACUGGAGGGUGAUUCCUUUGAGAAUUACAAGAGCGGGUUAAUGGCAAAGCUGCUAGAGAAAGAUCCUUCACUCACAUAUGAAAGCAAUAGAUUAUGGAACCAAAUUGUUGAUAAAAGGUAUAUCUUCGAUUUCUCAAUGAAGGAAGCGGAAGAAUUGAAGAACAUAACCAAGCAUGAUGUUGUUGAAUGGUACAAGACUUACUUUAAACCGUCAUCUCCGAAGUGUCGGCGUCUACUCAUUCGGGUAUGGGGUUGCAACACAGACUUGAAAGUGGCUGAAGCACCACCAGAAUCUGUGCAGGUCAUUACAGAUGCAGCAGCUUUUAAGAAGCAAUCCAAGUUUUAUCCAAGUUUUUGUUAACUUUAGAAAUAUAGUGUUCAAUUGUUGGAAGCUAAACAAUAGAGUCUUUAUUUCUCAUUUAGUGGUUGUAGACUCGAGGGGUGCCAUUGAUAUACUUAAAAUGAAACUAAGUUUAUGCAGAAGUUAAAGGAGGGGAAUACAAAAUGUGUUACUGGAAUCAGAUUUGUUUAUGUACAUUACAUUUAUUUGAGAAAAUAUUAAUUUUAUCAACAAGUUAUUUUAGUCCAUUGACUA